GCGGCGGCGGCGGCUUCGCCCGGGGCCGGCGGCGGCGAGGGGGGGGGAAGAUGGCGGACGUGCUCAGCGUCCUGCGACAGUACAACAUCCAGAAGAAGGAGAUUGUGGUCAAGGGAGACGAAGUGAUCUUCGGCGAGUUCUCGUGGCCCAAGAACGUGAAGACCAACUAUGUAGUUUGGGGGACUGGAAAAGAAGGCCAACCCAGAGAGUACUACACAUUGGAUUCUAUCUUGUUUCUACUUAAUAAUGUGCACCUUUCUCAUCCUGUUUAUGUCCGACGUGCAGCCACUGAAAAUAUUCCUGUGGUUAGAAGACCUGACCGAAAAGAUCUACUUGGAUAUCUCAAUGGUGAAGCAUCAACAUCAGCAAGCAUAGAUAGAAGUGCCCCUCUAGAAAUAGGUCUUCAGCGAUCUACCCAAGUGAAACGAGCUGCAGAUGAAGUUUUAGCAGAAGCAAAGAAACCACGCAUUGAGGAUGAAGAGUGUGUGCGCCUUGAUAAAGAGAGAUUGGCUGCUCGUUUGGAGGGUCACAAAGAAGGGAUUGUACAGACUGAACAGAUUAGGUCUUUGUCUGAAGCUAUGUCAGUGGAAAAAAUUGCUGCAAUCAAAGCCAAAAUUAUGGCUAAGAAAAGAUCCACUAUCAAGACUGACUUAGAUGAUGAUAUAACUGCCCUUAAACAGAGAAGUUUUGUGGAUGCUGAGGUAGAUGUGACACGGGAUAUUGUCAGCAGAGAGAGAGUGUGGAGGACACGAACAACUAUCUUACAGAGCACAGGAAAGAAUUUUUCCAAGAAUAUUUUUGCAAUUCUUCAGUCUGUAAAAGCUAGAGAAGAAGGGCGUGCACCUGAACAGCGACCAGCACCAAAUGCAGCACCUGUGGAUCCCACAUUGCGUACCAAACAGCCUAUCCCUGCUGCCUACAACAGAUAUGACCAGGAGAGAUUCAAAGGAAAAGAAGAAACGGAAGGUUUCAAAAUCGACACUAUGGGCACCUACCAUGGUAUGACACUGAAAUCUGUAACGGAGGGUGCAUCGGCUCGUAAGACUCAGACUCCUGCAGCACAGCCAGUACCAAGACCAGUUUCUCAAGCAAGACCUCCUCCAAAUCAGAAGAAAGGAUCUCGAACACCCAUCAUCAUAAUUCCUGCAGCUACCACCUCUUUAAUAACCAUGCUUAAUGCAAAAGACCUCCUACAGGACCUAAAAUUUGUCCCAUCAGAUGAAAAGAAGAAACAAGGCUGCCAACGAGAAAAUGAAACUUUAAUACAGAGAAGAAAAGAUCAGAUGCAACCAGGGGGCACGGCAAUUAGUGUCACAGUUCCUUAUAGAGUAGUAGACCAGCCUCUUAAACUUAUGCCUCAAGACUGGGAUCGGGUUGUAGCAGUUUUUGUGCAAGGUCCUGCAUGGCAGUUCAAAGGUUGGCCAUGGCUUUUGCCUGAUGGAUCACCAGUUGACAUAUUUGCUAAAAUUAAAGCCUUCCAUCUCAAAUAUGAUGAAGUUCGUCUAGAUCCAAACGUUCAGAAAUGGGAUGUAACAGUAUUAGAACUCAGCUAUCACAAACGUCAUUUGGAUAGACCAGUUUUCUUACGAUUCUGGGAAACAUUGGAUAGGUACAUGGUAAAGCAUAAAUCCCACUUGAGAUUCUGAAUUUACUUGGUUUCCCCUUUUUCUGGAGAUCUGGAUUAAGAAGCAUGGAUGUACUUUGAUCUAAAGACUGAAACUCAAGCUUUAUGAAUUUAUCAAGAACUUACAAAUGAAGAAGGUCACAGAUCGAUCUUUUAUAAGACCUUAUUUGAUGCUUUAUGCUUCAAAGGGAUGAUGCUUGUCAUCCAUAUAAGCAAACUUUUUGGCUUACAACUAUUUUUUUAAUAUUAGCCUUCUAGUCUGUAAUGGAAAUUGUAUAUUUUGAUAGAAGUUUUUUCUCAUUGGUUAAAUUAGCAUUACUUAAAAUUUGUUUCUUUAGAAAAUAAAUACAGGUUAUAAAUGUGUGUAUAUUUAGAGGUUAUAAGGCUCUCUAAGCCACCUUGCUUCAGAUUUUUCAUUGCUCUAUAAUUCCUUUUAUUGAAAAUACUAUGUUAUGAAUGGUAUUAAAUUUUAGUCUCUGGAACUUCCAAAACUAGCAAAGGGAUGUGACUAUUUUGAAUGAAUCAGAAUGUCAACCUGUAUGUAUACUAUACCUAUACUUAUUCUUUAUUUAAAAAAGAAUGAUGAAAAAUCAAGAACAAUUCUUCAGCUUUGGUUGACCUGUUCAGCCUUUUCAAGAAUUCUUUACUUACAAUGAAUACAUUUAAUGAAUGUACAUUCUUCUCACUGACUUUGGUGAUUUUAAAACUUAAGAAUGAUAUAUUUCUAUCUGUGCUAUCUUUCCACUUGAAAAAUCUCAAAACACAGAUUAAAAACCUGAUAGGCUAUAGUGCUUUUUAUUUUGGGAGCCAGAAUAUGUUUGGGGGAAGGAAAUGUAUUAGUCCUACUGCAAUGUAACUUUAACUUUCUUACCUUUUCUCAUAAGUUUACCUUUGAUUCUUACUUUAUAUGUAUGGCAUAGGAUUUUGAGUCUUCUAUUUCUAGGCAUGUUGCUCUUGGAGUUCUUAUCCCUAAAUAUUGAUAAACUCCCCCAGACACCAAAGAACACAUUUGCUUAAGUGUCUGAACAGAAACAAGAUAAAAACACUGGUAUUUUUAUGUGCGUAUUCAAUAUCAUAUAAAAUAUAAAACCUAUAUUUUAACUUAGUAAAAUAUUUUACUACUUCUCUACUUCAGAGUGUUGCAUCCAAGGUACAAAUGAAUGAGCAUUUUCCUUCAGUCUUGAUUUCACCUUUUAUUACUUAAAAACAACUUGGAACCUCUACUCCCCUAAAGAGAUAUUUGCCAUGAGAACGUUGCUGAUCAUU